UCUGAAGAUGGAUUGCGCACAGCCAACAUAUGACGACCGUGCAAACAUUGACAACAACGGCUUGUUGAUUGAGUUCCAGAUCAUCACGAGCAGCCACAGAUAUUAGUAUUGUAGAUACUAGCUAGUGUGGAAGAAUGUCAAGCGAACAGGGGAGCACCGGUGGAGGUGAUGCCGAUGAUUGGCGUCUUGGAGUGUCUCAGUCCUACCGCAACACGGAAGUGAGAGAGAUUGCCAAGGUCUUGGCAGCCCUGGAACCAGGAGCAACUUCCGCCUCCAAGCUCAUGCUGGCCAUGAGAUUUGAAGACACCAUCUUCAAAGCAGCCACCAGUCUGGCGGAUUACCGAAAGAAACUUACCAAGAGAUUGAAGAAGGUCCAGAAGAGUUUUGUGCCGACCAACGCCGUGUCGGCUAGCAAUAAGGAACAACUCAUCAAGGAUCUACGCAACAAGUACGGGGAUGCCCUGCGAUUCAUUAGCAAGCAUGCCCCCAAAGCCAUUCAAGAGCUAAAGAACAAACAUGGGAGUGAAAAGGCAAAUCAGCUCCAACAACACACCACGGUCGCCUUGAGUUGGGCUGAGGAUUUGGGGCUACUCAACAAUACACAACCCAACUUUAACAUGCCGGAUGAUCAAGUACAAAAGCUGAAACAACAUCUCGAACGACGCAUCGAGAAUAUUAGAUCCCAUGUUGUCAAGUUGGCGGAUCCGGAUCUAUUUCUCAUGGAAACACUCCAAAAAGCAGAACAAGACAUGGGGUCUCGCGCUUCCGCCUUUCUAGCAGCCAACACCAAGAAGCGAUUUGAACAACUCACGCAAGGACAGAGCACGGGCUUUGACGCCAACAAAGUGCUAGAAGAUUCUCUGGAAAAGGCUCAAGAAGCGGUACCACCACCUACCCGUAGCAACAAAAAUGAUGAAAAAGCUGCCAUCUUGCACCUCGAGAAAAUGAGGGCUGCUGCGACGGCAGUUCUGGCUUGCAUGGCCGUUUCGGACAAAACCACGGCCUCGAGAAAUGUGCUCGUCAAGAGUCAUACAGUUGCAACGGAAGGAAUGGCAUUUGUGGGAGAAGUGAUCAAGAAUAGGCGCAAAGAAACCAAGGAAACAGAACUGUCGCUCCAAGAUGCUUGGAUCAAAUCCAUCGAUAACAACAACACGGAAGCCUUGGAAGCAGCAACUGCCGCCGAUCCCAAUAACGCCGAUGCCGUGGUAGAAGUGCCAAAACCGCCAAUUGGCGUUACUGCCCUCAAACGCCCCGCCAUUCGGAGUCGGGUCCUAUUGACCAAAGGACGCAAGACUCCUUCCAAUCUACUGGCUGCCCUCAGACGAAAACGAGCAACGCUCGUUCGACCGGCACCUCAUGGUGAAGGGUCGCACUUGAUACUCCAUUUUGGAAAAGCGUUCGUAAUGACAAUUUAUCUGGUGCCUCUUCUGGUCACCAUUCGAGCCUACGACAAAAACCAAGAACUGACUCCGCAAAAUCGGGCGUCGGGUUUGACUUGUGCCUCGUAUACACCAGUGGAAGAGGGCUUGAGAGAAAUGGAAGUCUUGAAGUGUUGGGGCGUCACUGGAGCGUAUGAUACCAUUGGUCAUGUUGUCGAGGCUCGUCUCGAGGAUGCAUCGGCUCAAGCAACCGCAUGUCUCCGCCGUUUGUUUGCAUCCAAGGUGGACAAAGAAAACGCACCCGAGUUUGAAGUGGAGAUUUUGGAAGCCACGGCACUGUUGGAGUUUCUUCACAAUGCGCGAAAGACGUACUUGCCCGAUUGGCAAGAUGAUGAUUGAAAACAAUAUAGUACUAAUAGUCUGUGGUGGUGGGUGUCUACGCGACAAGAUUCCUAGCUCGUAGUAGAAGGCUUCAGGAUCGGUCCAUGCCGCUAUUUAGAUAAGGAAGAUGUAAAGUAGCUCAAAAGGCGUUUGU